AAACUUUUAAGCGUAUAAAGUUGCUGUGAAUAAUAACAUUUGGAAAAUAUAUUUUCAUUAAUACAAAGUUUGCUUCGUCUAUUAUAUUCAACUUUAGAUUAAAAACGAAAAAUAAAACAAAAAAAUAGACAAGAUUAUAUAUAAACAAAUUAAUGUACAAGAAGAUAGAAUGUUGUAUUAAUAAUAAUGGACACACGAAGACCCAAAACGGUAAAAGUAACAGUUUAUUCAUCAAGAAAUUUAAAACAGAAGAAGGGAGACGGUGAUCCACUAGCUUGGGUUGUUUUUGGAUUUGGAAAAGAAAAAUGUUGCACGUCACAAAUACGUGAUCGAAAUGCAAAAUGGAACGAGGAAUCGACUUUCACCAUAACUGAUCAGAAAAUUCCGUUAAAAAUCAACAUCAAAGAUAAAGAUGAUCCACUUGGACAAAUUAUUAUUCCGGUUAACGAGAUUCCCUCGGAAGAACAUUUUCUAAAAUGGGUUCCUCUUGGUCCGCAUAAGAAGAAUUCGAAUCCGAGCGGAGAACUUUGUAUUGACUGCUGGGUGGAAGAUUACUAUGAUGACGCGUCGCUACUUGCUCCGCCAUCUCUUGGAAGUAAAUCAACAAAGCCAAUGAAAUAUUUUAAUAAAACUUUAAACCGGUUAACCGGUAAAAGUCCGGAAUCAAUACGAAGGCUAAAAGAAGACGAGUCUAGAAGACAUUCAUACGCAUCGGGUGUAACAUCAAUACGAGGCUCUGUCUCUGUAGAGGAUUUAUCACAUCGAAGUAAAACUAAUUUAAAACUUUCAUCUGUGGAGAAGGACAAGUCAUCGUUACUUGCACCCUCCUCUUAUGUCAAUAGCAACGUGCGCCGAGCAACUAGUACGCUAGUGCUUAACUCGAAUUCAGCAGCGGAGCCAAGAAGGAACUCUUUUACAGAAAUGAAUGUUUUAGGUCAACUACCAACUAUAAAAGAACAGAAUUACCCCCCUAAAGUAUUAAACAUUAUACCAAAGUCAGGGCCAGUUACAGGGGGUACACUAAUACAAAUAACAGGAAAAAACUUAGGUGCAUCUCCAGAAGAUAUUACAAGACUAAUGGUGGCUGGAUGUAAUUGUUUAUCCAGUCUAGAAUAUUAUACAUCGUCUAAAAUUAUGUGCACCACUAGUGAGUCAGAAGGUGUCGGACCCAUAUCCAUCUCAACGAGAAGCGGCGGUAUGUCGUCAUCAAAAGUUAUGUUUGAGUUUGUAGAAGAACAGAAAAAUGAAAAUGGCGAAGAUGUUGAGCAAAAUGGAGUUGUAGGGGCUUCAGAUGCUGAUCGAGACAAAGACGAGGUUAUCGAGCAUCUGCGCAUGGAGAACGACCAUUUGAGGUACGACAAUCGUGAGUUACGAGAAUACAUCGACAAAUUGGUCGUCUACCUGAUGGAUAAAUAUCCUGACGCAUUAGAGUCUAGCAAAAUGUACAGAUAAAUCAAUAAAUUAAUAACACAAAUUAAUAAAUGUGUGAAACACAACACUUUA